AUGCGUGUCUUUUACUGUUUACCACUUAUCUUACAUCUAACAUUUGCUUUUUUAGUAAAUUACAGACAAUUACAUGGUAAUUCAGGACAACAACAAUUAUUAUCACAAAAGGAUGGUUUAGAAAACUUAAAAGUUCCAUUCUCUGUCGAAAAGAGAAGAUUAUAUCAUACUUUAAAUAAUACUGCUAAUGAUUUAUUAUCAAAUAUUGAAGGAAAAGAGGUGGAACAUGGUGAUGAGAAUGAGGAUAAUGAUGAACACACUAAAGAUAAGGACAACUAUAAAGAAGAAGAAAAUGACGAUGAAUUGGAAAACAUUAUAACUCACUACAGUCCAGCACAAGGUCCUCCAAUUUGUAAAAACGAUGCUCAUUUAAUUGAGACUGGCGAUCAAUUACAAGUAUUACAAGAUAACUGUAAAGAAAUCAUUGGCGAUUUAAUAAUUUCACCAACAUAUGAUAAUUCUAUAGUUGAUUUGGGUAAUAUUCAAAAGAUCUUUGGAAAUUUAGUCAUAGAACACUCAAGUGCUAUUAUUAAGAUAAAAGCAGAAAGUUUAGUUACAAUUACUCAAAAUUUUAUACUAAAAAGUUUAACAUCACUAGUUGAUAUCAAUGCUCCUAUUUUAAAAUCUGUCAAUUCUAUCGAUUGGAAAAUUUUACCAAUAUUAGGAACACUUUCAUUGGAUAAUAGUAUUAUGGUAAAUCAACAUAUUAUAAUUUCUGAUACCUCAUUGGCAAAUAUUGAUCAAUUUUUAAGAGUGAAACAGAUUGACAUCUUUAAUAUUAAUAAUAACAGAUUCUUAGAAACAAUAAAAUCAAAUAUUGACACAAUAAAUGUUCAACUUACAAUUCAUGCAAAUGCAAGAGAUUUAGAAUUGGAUAUGCCAAAAUUACAAUAUGCUCAAAACUUGACCAUUAGAGACACUUCAUUAAUCAACUUACCAAACUUAGAAAGAGUACAAUCCUCAUUUCAAAUCAUUGAGAAUUUAAUAACUUCUUUGGAUAUUUCAAAUUUACAAUACGUCGGAGGAACAUUGGGGAUUAUCGAAAAUCAUCAAUUAACAAAGGCAAAUUUUAAUAAUGUUACAGAAGUUCAAGGUGGGUUGAUGAUUGCACAUAAUGGGAAAUUGGAUAAAAUUAAUUUUUUCCAAAAUUUAAAACAGAUCGGUGGUGCUAUCCAUUUUGAAGGUAAAUUUAGUGAAACUAAUUUUGAGAAUUUGAAAUUAGUCAAAGGGAGUGCUUUUAUAAAAAGUUCAUCACCAAAUUUGGAUUGUAGUCAAUGGAUUGCCUCGUCAAAUGGGAGAUCCAUCAUCAGAGGUGGUAAAGUAAAAUGCAGCUCUGCUAGGAAAUCAAAUUUCUUAAAUGUUGAUAAAGAAGGUUUAGUAUUAGAGAGUACUGAAAAUGAUAAUGAUGAUUUUGAUGACACAACGGGAAAUUAUGGUAGCAUUGAUAAUCAGAAUGCUAAACAAAAUAGGGAACACGUUGCUAAGGGAGCAAAAAAGACCAGUUUGAAGAAAAAGUUUUCGAAUGCUUCAAAUACAUUAAGAACUAGCACAAUGUGUGCAUCCUUAAAUGUCCUUGUUUUGGUUGUUCUUAAAAUUUUUGGCCUGUUUUAG